GGCAACCCUGUAUGCCUGCGCCGUCGCUCUUGCCACACACGUCAUCAGCUGAGCAGCAACAACAACCUAGUUUCGUCAUUGCUGGCUGGUUGCAAUUAAUUUCGGUUUUCUAUUGCAAUUGCAAAUAUUUGCAGUCGUUUCUUCUUAUAUUAUUUCUAUAUAGUGGGGUAGUGCAGUCGGGACACGUGCUAAGUGGUCGAAAAAGUGGCGCCUAAAAUUAGCCUGAAAAACGCCGAGGAAACGAAGGAGACGUAUCGGAGACGUGACGUGCGUUGACAUUGAAUCACAUUCGCGUUAGCCGUGGUCGUUGACAGAGACAGAGAGAAAGCGAGCAAAAAUAAAACGAGGAAGCGUUGGUGGCUAUAGCAAUAAAAACAACAACAACAACCGCAUAAUAUCAGCUGCUCGGACGUCGGAGAAGGCACAAAAAUUUAUUAUUAAUUGUAUGCCACAGGCAGACCAAAACGGAACGCACAUUCCCAGAGCAGCAGUGACCAGCAGUGGGAGCAGUGCAGUAACAGCAACAGCAGCAGCAGCAGCAGAGACUAGAACUGGAAACUGGAAUCAAUUGAGUGGCAGAGAGCGGGCAGAGCAAGUGCAUUUAAUCAAAAUAAAACCUUUGGUGUUGUGUAAUCGCUGAGUAGUGGAAAAACAUGGCCAGCACAAAAAAUGUGGCAAAUCCACCACCCUCCACCCAGGAGCCAGGUAAAAAGAAGGCAGCUCCAAAGGGCCUUAAAUUCCUGUUUGGAGGUCUAUCUGGCAUGGGAGCCACAAUGGUUGUCCAGCCACUUGAUUUGGUUAAGACCCGCAUGCAAAUUUCUGGUGCCGGUAGUGGCAAAAAAGAAUUCCGUAAUUCGUUCCACUGCAUACAGACUGUGAUCUGUCGGGAAGGACCGUUGGCUCUGUACCAGGGUAUUGGAGCCGCUCUGCUACGUCAGGCAACCUACACAACUGGUCGUCUGGGUAUGUACACCUACCUGAAUGAUACAUAUCGUGCUCAAUUCCAACGGGAUCCGAAUCUCUUGGCCAGCAUGGCAAUGGGAACUAUUGCUGGAGCUUGCGGUGCAUUCAUUGGUACUCCCGCUGAGGUCGCUUUGGUGCGAAUGACAUCAGAUGGACGUCUGCCGCCGGCGGAGAGACGUAACUACACCAAUGUGGCGAAUGCCUUGACCAGAAUUACCCGGGAGGAGGGCGUUGCUGCUCUUUGGCGUGGUAGUUUGCCCACUGUGGGACGUGCCAUGGUCGUCAAUAUGACUCAAUUGGCCAGUUAUUCGCAAUUCAAGACCUAUUUCAAAACUGGUCCACUCCAAAUGGAAGAGGGCAUCAAAUUGCACUUCUGCGCAAGUAUGUUGAGUGGCCUGCUGACCACUAUUACUUCUAUGCCACUGGAUAUAGCCAAGACACGCAUUCAGAACAUGAAAACGAUCGACGGUAAAGCGGAAUAUCGAGGCACUGUCGAUGUGCUGCUUCGUGUGGCACGCCAGGAGGGCGUAUUUGCACUGUGGAAAGGAUUUACACCUUACUAUUGUCGCCUGGGACCGCAUACAGUGCUUACUUUCAUUCUGUUGGAGCAGCUUAACCAGAGCUACAACAAGUAUGUGCUCGGUGUGGACACUGGUGCCUCGGGUCUGUAGAAUGGAGGCGAUGUUGUUGUUAAAGUUGAUCCACUGUUAUAAUACGAUUCCGUUGAAACAACUAUUCCAAACUACCAAUCGAAGGACAAUACUUACUUACGACCAUGAUGCGUGUGUGCGUGCAUAUAUAUAGUUAAGUGAAAGUGAAGGUUAGAGCAAAUUUUAGGGCAUUUAAAUGUCGGCAAUUCCGAUGACAAUAUUACAAGUUUAUAUACAUAUAUUUCAAUGUUGAUACAGUUUUCUAUACUAUAUAUUUGCAAUUGUGUAGCGGUUUAAGUUAAAAGUCGAUUCUCAAUAAAGCACAAAAUCAUCUGAAAAUUACGAAAACAACAACGAUA